AUGGUUGAAAGUACUGGGGAGAAGAUGAGAUUGAGACUUCUGGUCGAUGAAGAGAAGAACAAGGUUGUCUGGGCAGAUGCUGAGAAGGAUUUCGCUGAGGUACUCUUUAGUUUUCUUAUAUUGCCAAUGGGGACCAUUGUGAGAUUGCUUGAGAAGCGUAAAAAAUCUGAGACGCUGGUCGUGGGUUGUCUGGACAACCUUUACAGAAGUGUUUCAGAGUUGGGCUUCCAUUAUUUUCGGACCCAAUCUUGUAUGGACAGGCUGCUGUUUCCGCAGAACGUGAUGGAGGAUCAAUGUAGAAGGCUUAAAAUCAACAUCGACGAUACGGAUAUUCGGGCUACUAAGUACUUUGUGUGCCAGUCUCUUAGUGUUGAAUCGUGCGGCAAACUAUACAGCAACAGUUAUGCUACCUCGAAAUGUAGCUGCGGACAGCUGAUAAACAGUGAGGUCAGAUUUUCUGAAGAUGAUCGAGUUGCAGGCAGUGUAUAUGUCAGCAACCAUACCUCAUUCAUAAUCACUGACGAUUUGAAUGUGGCUGUUAACUCCCCCGGUCUUUUCCUUAACACACUCAAACGUCUAGGUUAUGCAGAUGUUACUAAGCUUGGUGAAAAAUUUCUUGAUGUUGGUCACAAAGAGGUUAUGAGUUUGCUGGAGUGUUUAUUCACCUCAGACACCCCAUUGACGGACGCAUUUCUGCGAAAGCAAAGUUCACAUGUUGUUACAAAGACGUAUCAAAUGCCUGCCCCGGUUGGGCUAGGAAAUGGAGGCGAAGCAGCAGAAUCUGACCCAGCAAUUACUUUGAAUGUUUGUGUGAGAAAGCAGGACAACAAGUUUCUGUAUUUUGAAUGCGGAGAUGACUUUGUUGAUCUUCUUUUCACUUUCCUUGGCAUGACUGUGGUUUCUAUUUGGAAAAAUGCUGGGGACGGUAUCAUUCUUGGAUGCAUCGUCGUAGUAAGCGGUAUGGCUUCACUCGAAACUGCAGCAGGCGUCUUGAAAAUGCUUCUGAGAAACUCGUGCCGGUGA